CACAAAUCCGAUAACAAACUCUACAAUCGGACCCAGCCCUCUCUCUGAUCCAGGUCUCUCUCGCUCUCCUCUGUCUCUCUCUCUCUCUCUCUUGUCCCUCCCUCCCCUCCUUUCUCUCAUGGCACUCUCCCAUUCCUGGAUCACCAACGCCAUUAAUGGGGGAGCCAACAAAAGCUGUAUCAAGGGAACAGCAACGUCCGUCGUCAGCAACAUCCUCCUCCUCCACUCGCACCACCACUACAGUACCUCCGUCGCCGCCGCCACUUCCUAAUCCGUUACCAAACUCCACCACCCUCGAGCAGCCCUCCAUUAAAAAGAAGAACAAAACCAAAGUCUUCCGCGUCUUCAGAUCCGUCCUCCGGUCCUUGCCCAUCAUCACACCCACCGCAUGCAAAAUGCCGUCGCUCCCCGGCGGCCGGCUCGACUCCAACCGCACCGUCACGUCCGGCGUCCGAGUCAGCGGCACGCUGUUCGGGUAUCGGAAGGGCCGGGUGAGCCUGUCGAUACAGGAAAGCUCCAAGACUCUACCUAGCUUCGUUCUCGAGCUAGCCAUGCAGACCAACGUGCUUCAGAAGGAGAUGAGCUCAGGAAUGGUGAGGAUCGCUCUCGAAUGCGAGAAGAGAGGUGACAAAGACAAGACGAGUAUCAUGGAUGAGCCCGUCUGGACGAUGUUUUGCAAUGGGAAGAAGACGGGUUACGCGGUUAAGAGGGAGGCCACGGAGGAGGACUUGAACGUCAUGGAGGUGCUCAAGGCUGUGACUAUGGGAGCCGGCGUGUUGCCCGGGAAGUCCGAUGUGGAGGGUCCGGAUGGUGAAAUGGCAUACAUGCGGGCCCUCUUUGAGCGCGUUGUAGGCUCGAAGGACUCCGAAACGUUGUAUAUGAUGAGUCCGGAAGGGAAUAAUGGACCUGAGCUCAGUAUUUUCUUUGUAAGGAUUUGA